CCGCGGCCGGAAGUGGUAGUAGAGCGCCGCGGGCCCGCGAUGAAGCCGGCGGUGGACGAGAUGUUCCCCGAGGGCGCCGGGCCCUACGUGGACCUGGACGAGGCAGGCGGCAGCACCGGGCUCUUGAUGGACUUGGCAGCCAAUGAAAAGGCCGUUCAUGCAGACUUCUUUAACGAUUUUGAAGAUCUCUUUGAUGACGAUGACAUCCAGUGACGUGCUGCCCGGCUGCAGUGCAGCCACGCCUGUGCCACAGCACAGUGUGGCGGAUCUUCUCAGAGGACACUUUCAAAUGGCUUUAAAGGACUUGUGGGCAUCACUGGAAAUCAGGAGCUGGGUCGCCAAGAAAGCGAAGAACCGUCUUCACCACCCACCUGAUGCCGUUAACCUCUAAUGUGACCAGCUUCUGUCCUUAUUUCAAUUAAAGGAAAGCA